AUGGACGCUCUUGCACCCACCAUCUCGGCGGAGGCGGAGGCUAACGGGCCGCCGUCGCCGGGUACCGCGGCGGUGAGCUCACGUUGGAACCCAACAAAAGAGCAGAUAGAGGUGCUGGAAGGGCUUUAUAGGCAGGGGAUUAGGACCCCAACUGCUGAACAGAUACAGCAGAUAACCAGGAGGUUGAGGGUGUAUGGGCACAUUGAGGGCAAGAAUGUGUUUUACUGGUUCCAAAAUCAUAAGGCCCGCCAGAGACAAAAGCAGCGACAGGACUCCCUCCUCCGUGCUAACCACCGCAUCCCUAACGUUGUCUGUAACCCAUUUUAUGUGUCGCAAAGCGGGUUAGGCAUGUACCCUCAGUUCCAAAGAGUGAUGGUGCCAGGUGGGACUACAAAAAGGUUCAAUGUUGGGAAUAAUAUGGAGAAAGGCCAUGAGACUGAGGGACCUUCUGGUAAUUGGGGUCACCAUGAGACCUUGCAGUUGUUUCCUGUGCACCCUACUGAGGGAAAUGUGGAGGACUGUACAGAGCAACCUUUCUUUGACUUCUUUUCUGAUCACAGGGUGGUGGUGAGUUUUUUUGUUGAGAGUGAUGGAUAUGGUUGUCUGUGA